AUGGCCUUAGCUAUGUAUACUGGUAAUGAAUUGGUAACUUUAUUUUCUGCCGAUGUUCGUGAGAAAGGAAUGGAAAUAUUCAAUCGUAUACCUGGUACAUUACUGAAAUUUUUGGAUGAAAAAAAAAUAGUAAAAAAAAUCUUAUUUAAAGAUGAUAUAUUGGCUGUUGGUAAAAUUAUGGGUACUGAAAAACAAAAAGAUUUAAAUAAUUUUAAGAAAAGUUUACGUGAUUCAAUUAAAUCACGUUUUAAACAAUCAAAUGUAACAGAAAUACAACCGGAAGAUUUCAGUGAAGAUAUAACAACACAUUAUCGUGAACAAUCAAAAACAUGGGCUAAACCAGGUGAAAAAUUAUCAACAAUUGUUCGUUAUACAAAAGAAUAUCAAGUUAGAAAUCUACAAAAUUGGACCAAGGUUAAUGCAUAUGUAUAUAUACAUAUAAUUGAAGAAUGUGAAAAUAAUUGGUAUGGAAAUAAUAAUUAUAAAUUUGGUUAUGAUUUAACAAUCGAAUUAACUGGAAUGUCAAUAGAUACAGCAAAAGCAUUAAAAUUCAGUCAAUUAGUUGCUCAGGGUACUGUUUCAGAUUCAAUUCGAGCAAUCGAAGCUCAAACGACAUUAACAUGGAGCGAUUUGUAG